AUGCUCCGGGACAUCAGCGAGCUGACAACGGAUUUCAGACACAUCUCCGGGAUCGCCAACCCAGUGGCGGACGCUCUAUCUCGGAACGUGUCGUCAGCAACGACACUGCUUGACCUGAACCAAGCAAUCACCGAAGCGCAGCAGCGCGAAGGAAUGAGGCCGGAUCCGUUCGAGACAUGGCCGCCUCAUUGGAGCGUCGUCCAAGACAACGGUCGCGACAUCGUUGUCGACACGCGGUCAAGGUUGCGGAGACCCGUAGUGCCCCCUUCCUUGGCCCGUGUCGUGUUCGACUCUCUGCACGGCUUGGCGCACCCAGGAGUAAAAGCUACCCGCAAGCUCAUAAGCCAACGCUACGUGUGGCCAUCCAUGAGCCGGGACAUCGCCGACUGGGUCAAAACGUGCUCCCAAUGCCAGCUAGCGAAGAUUCAGAAGCACAACGUUACGCCAUUUACUCCAUUCUCGACAUCUCCAUCAGCUAAGUUCAGCGAGCUUCACGUCGACGUG